AUGCUCCUCAUGCACUAUCUCUGGGUCCCCUUGCUCUCCUACCCCUCCUCUCCCCCGUUCCCGCCUCUCCCCCCCUCCCUCCUCUCACCCCUCCCUCCUCUAACCCCCCGCCUCUUUCCCACGUGCAGCGCUCAUCCUCAUGUUCCUCAUCUACUCGCAUUUGCCCAACCAGGCGUCCACCACAUGGAUCAAAGUGGGCAUCCUCCUCUCCUUGACAACUACCCUGCCUUGGUACCAGUGCUGCUCUCAUACACGCCCCUCCCUGCACCCACUUCUCUUCCCUCUCCUCCCUUUCAUCCUUCCCAUGGACACCUCUCCUUGCAUCGCAUUCUUUCUGACAGCUACUCCGCCCUGGUACCAGUGCUGUUCUCACGCCCCUCUCCGCACCCUCUUCUCUCCCCCUCUCCCCCCCUUCUCCUGUUCUACUACAGCUACUCCACCCUGGUACCAGUGCUGUUCUCAGGGGCCAUGAGCGCCAACCUGUACGAGACCAUCUAUGGCAAGAGCACGGGGCAGCUGAGUGUGUUCACCACAUUCCUCACCUUUGCUGGUUGCAUCGCUCGCCUGUUCACGUCUAUCUAA